AUGAAAAACUCGGUCCUGAUUAUUUUAAUUUUGCUCAAUUUCGGUCAAUGUUGGGAGAGUUGUGAUGAAACAUCCGAAGAUUCAUAUGAAAUUCGUGAAAAUCGCAAAAAAUGUCCGAAAAAUUGGCGAGAAUUCGAAAGAGGUUCUGGUAGAUGGUGUAUUCGGGUAUUUGCGGGAAUUUUGAAUAAAUUUGAAGCGGAAGCGAGAUGCGAAAACUAUGGAGGAGUUUUGAGUGGAAUUGAGAAUUUGGAGGAGCAGAGUUUUAUUAAUUGUGAGUUUUUAGGCUUCUAGAAAUGCGUCAGCAAACUUUCGAGCUCCUGGAAAUACGCCAGCAAAUUUUCCAGCUUCUAAAAACACGUCAGCAAACUUCCGAGCUUUUGGAAAUACACCAGCAAAUUUCCCAGCUUCUAGAAAUGCGUCAGCAAACUUUCCAGCUUCUAAAAACACGUCAGCUCAUUCCCAAUCUCCAAUUUUUCCAGCGGAAGGCGUUAAAAUUCUCCAAGACCAAGGUCUUCCAUCUGGUUCACUUUGGAUAAAUUUGAUAAGAAAACCCGAAUGUCGAAAUGAAAAUGAUGCGAAAUUAGCAAGAUGUAAUGGAUCACUUGGAUUUCAAUGGUAUGAUAAAUCGACAUUUAACACAAAUAUGAUGACGUGGAGCAGUUGGAAUCCUGAUAAUGCUGGGUAAUUUUGAAUAUAUGACCAUUAAACUUGAAAAAAAUCAAUAAUCUUUUGCAGUGGCAAUCAAUAUUGUGCCUAUAUGUACCUUCUAAAUACACAAUCUCCAGGUGACGGUGUUGAAUUCGGUUCAAUGGAUGAUAUACCGUGUGAAACGGCAAGAACUGAUGGAAAUUUGUUGCAAUAUGUUCGAGCAUAUGCGUGUGGUAUGAAACCAAGAUAA